ACGUCAUGACGUUAGACCGUUCCCCGGAUGAAACCGAGUUGUUAUGACAACGACGGUAAAGCAGUAAAGCGAAAGUACGGUUGCACACCAAACGUACACGGUGUAGCUCGAGGUUUUUCACUCAUGGAUGCCGGAGCCAACACGUAUCUCAUUAGACCGAAUUAUAAAGACAAGUUCAAGGCAGGGGUGGCAAAGGAGUGCAUCAGAGAAAUCCUCAGGGAACAGCUGUAUGGAGUGCAGUAUAAUCCAGACGAGGUUCCCACAUUAUCCAGAUCUUUAGCAGACUCUAUUAAAAACAAGCUGAAAGAUGUGGGCUUUGACAGAUACAAGCUCAUUGUGCAGGUGGUUGUUGGAGAGCAGCGUGGAGAGGGAGUCAAGAUGGGUGCACGCUGCUUCUGGGAUGCAGACACUGACAGCUGUGCUCAAGAUAUAUAUAUGAACGACAGCUUGUUCUGUGUGGCCGCUGCAUUUGGUGUGUAUUAUUACUGAAGACAUGGAAGAUGUGCUGAGGACCAAAUAUUUUCUAGAGGGAUUAUUUUGUGAUAUUUAUUUAAAUCAUCACAUUCAGUUUUUAAUAUCAAUCGCAUUCAUGUUUGUUUGUCUGAAUACCUCUCUGUAUGAUAUGCCGAAAAUGUUAAUAUUCAUAUUAUAUUAUUAUUGUCUUAGAAAACAUUACAGCAAUCGAUUUUGACAUGCAAUGCUGUCUGUUUCUUAUGCAUUAAAGACACAUAAUUCCA